AUGGUAUCUUCUACACUUUCAUUUCUUGUGUUGAUUACAGCUACCACUUUGGCGGCUGCCGUCCCUCAUUCGCGUUUGGCGAGUCGUGCCUCCACCUGUACUACGAAAUCACAGCGGAAAUCAUGGACUACCCUCACCAACACCGAAAAGGCAGCCUACAUUGAAGCUGAACUUUGCCUCAUGAACUCCCCAACAAAAGGCUUUGUCGCGGACGCAGUCUCGAGAUGGGACGAUCUUACCUGGGCACAUCUAAAUCAAUCAAACUACAUCCAUGACGUAGGCCAAUUCCUUCCGUGGCACCGAUACUUCAUGUAUACACACGAGUAUCUUCUGAAAACCGAGUGCAACUAUACUGGUACUCAGCCGUACUGGGAUGAAGAGGCAGACUCGGACGCCCUCGUAGAUUCGGAUGUUUUCGAUCCCGAUACUGGAUUCGGCGGAAAUGGCGUCUCUUCGAACACGAGUGACUACGCUUGCAUUGCGGACGGUCCGUUCGUAAAUGUGACUUUGGCUAUGGGCCCAGAGUACACCAACACGAACCAUUGUAUCUACCGCGAGUUCAGCGCAACUUCUUUCAUGUGGGCGAAUUCUACUUACCUCGACCAAUGCAUGGCCGAGGAGAAUUAUACGUCCGCAUAUCCCUGCUUCUCCUCCUGGCCCCAUACAUCCGGUCAUGCUGGUGUCGGUGGAUCGAUGCUGGAUAUCGUAGCAAGUCCUGGAGAACCUCUCUUUUUCCUCCACCACACAAACCUCGACCGACUUUGGUGGAUCUGGCAGUCCAAGAACCUCACUACCCGCCUGACUGAUAUGGGCGGACAAAACAUUCCCGACGACGAUUACUUGGCUUCGAUGGGUAUGCCGUACCCUGACGCGUCUUUGACCAACUACUCUGGGGAUCCUGGAAAUGUCACCACGCUUACACAUGUCCUCUGGAUGUCUGGUUUGGUCCCGAAUGUUACGGUGGGCGAUGUCAUGGAUAUUGGUGGGGAUUUGCUCUGCUUCGAAUAUGUCUAG